CAGGCUUCAAACAGCCCAUACUCAAAAUGCACAUUCUCAUCGCCGAAGACAAGUACAUCCAUCCAUCCCGGCCACGGUUCCCCCUUCAACAACCAAGUCACCGUCAUCGUGCUAACAAGAAACCAGCUACGUAAACCAAAAGGUCUUCCACCGAAUGCUUAACAAGCUGGACCCAACCAUCACAAUAUCCGUGGCCUGGAAUGGAGGUGAAGCACUGCACUACCUCUCCAAUCCAUCGCCGGCAUGUCCGCGGCCGGAUAUAAUUCUUAUGGAUAUAGCAAUGCCCGUAAAGGGCGGAAUAGAGGUCGUCUCGAUCCUACGCACACAGCAGCCAUAUAUCGCAGAUAUGCAGCUAUCGUCCACGCCCAUCGUCGCAUUAACGGCGCACCUUAUGGGAGGAGACGAGGUAGAGAUGUAUUUUCGGAAGGGGUUCGACGAUGUUAUCAGCAAACCCGUUCGUAAAGAGGAUUUGCACCGGGUGUUGAUGUAUUGGAGUACGUACGGGAGGCGUGUUGUGCCGCGCCAUGGGGUGUUACGGACUCCGAUGACUGGAGGGAGAGUUCCGAUGCGGAGUGUGAAGGCGCAGUGGGGGCUUUCGUCCAAGCGGCAUAGUGGACCGAAGAGUUUGCUUUGAUUUCUCUAUUUGCUGUUCAGGUUGGUAUUUGGCGUUCUAUUGAUAAGUUCGGAUGUCCGGUAGUGUUUCAGGCCGAGUUAAUUGAUUACUACGAGAACACUUCAGUCUUUGGAUAAGCUAAGCUAUCAAAUAUCAGACAUCUUCAC